ACUCCCAUUCACGGGCAAAUCAAGAUUGAAACUUGCAGAAACCAAGCUCGUCACUAAUGGUAGACUACGCUUCGCUUGCUUGGGAUUUAGCGAAAGAUGGUGUGGCUAUAGUGACAAGAGGCCUAGAAUACAAUGGCACUCGCGAAAGUCUGGAGGCAACCGUCAACGAUUUGAGUCCAGUGGUUGAAAGGAUCGAGGAUUCCUUGACGCGGCUUGAUCUCCCCAUUCAACUGAAACAUGUGCAGAAACUGAAGAAGCUAUUGGCCAAAAACGCCGAGGCCAUUGGAAAGCACAAAAUCCAUUGGUGGAAUUGCGUGCUUGCGCCAUGGUAUCAGCAGAAACUUGAAAAAGAGGCGGCCGACUUGGAAAGGUUCGCCUCUGCUCAGACACAAAUUCACAUGUUUCAUCUUCUGACGAAAAUCCUCUCUGUGCUGAGUUCGAAAGGUCCUCCCAGCCUUGGACGCCGGACCAAUUACGCAUAUAGAUUCGCGGAUCCUCUUGAUGAGAGAUUCCCCAAAUUUACGGUGGGAUUGGAUGGAGAUUCGAUGCAAGAGUUGAGGAAGAACCUGCUUACUGGUAAAGAGCAAGUUAUAAACUUGUAUGGUAUGCCAGGAUCCGGGAAGACCACUAUGGCUCAAAAGCUCUGUCGUGAUCCUCAAGUCCAAGGUAAAUUCAAGAAAAAUAUCUUCUUUGAGACUCUGGGUUCACAGAUUGAAGUGGAGGAAGCAGUGAAGAAGUUGCGGGAUCACGAGCUGCCUAAAUAUGGGGAAAAUCCAGUACUGUUGGUAUUGGACGACGUGUGGCCUCGCACAGAAGAUAUUGUUGAAAUGAUGAGUCUGAAACACAAAGAUUCGAGAAUUCUGGUGACUUCAAGAACCGAGAUGAAAGCAGCUGGAAGCCGACACCUCAUGAAACUGCUCAGCGACAAAGAUGCAGAAAAACUGCUCCGUCACUUCCUUCAAUCGGGUGACAUCGACUUUGAUGACCAAGCUACAAGUGAAAUUCUCCUCCAGGUACUUGAAGGAUGCAAGGGUUUACCUUUGGCUAUUGAAUUCAUUGGUCGUAAACUGAGAAGGAAGGGUUCUGUUCAAGCAGUUCGAGAGGUGCAGUUAGAAUGGUCGCGAGGUCACUCUAUACUUGAUUCCCAUGAAGAUUUGCUUACUCGUCUGCAAAAUUCCGUGGAUGAAUCCCACAGGGAUUACUUCAUGGACCUUGGGUUAUUCCCUGAAGAUCAAAAAAUCCCCAUUACUGUACUCAUAGACAUGUGGAUUGAACUGCAUCACCCAAAUGAACCAGCAAGCUUACCAGCAAUGGCCAUCACCCAAGAAUUAGUAGCCAUGAAUUUGGCUGCUGAUAUCAAAGUUAGAAGGAUAGUUGGAAGGGAAGACCUGGACGAUUAUUACAAUAACUACUUCCUCGAGCAGCAUGAUCUUUUCAGAGAGCUAGCCAUCCAUAUGAGCAAACAGGAACCAUUAGAGAACAGAGAGAGACUGAUCAUUGAUAUGUUUGGGAGUCAGAAUCAUCCUCCAGAAUGGUGGCCCAAGCAACAACAAAGUGUAGUUGCUCCUAAAAUCCUGUCAAUAUCAACAGAUCAAAACAUCACUCCACAUUGGUGCAGCAUUCAAGCAGCCAAAACAGUGGUUCUGGUCUUGAAUAUUUUCAAGACUGCAGAAUACACUUUACCAGAAUUCAUUAAGGAAAUGGAAAACCUGAAAGUUCUUAUAGUCACCAAUAAUGGUGCUUGUAAAACUGACCUAAGAAACCUGGAGCUACUUGGUUCCUUACUGAGCCUUAAAAGAAUCAGACUGCAGCAAGUUUCAAUUCCCUCCCUGCGUGAUCUGAAGAAUGUGCACAAGCUAUCACUUUACAUGUGUGAUGUGAAGAAGGCUUUUGAGAACAGUUCCAUUGACUUCUCAGAAGCAAUGCCAAAACUGGUAGAGUUGAGCAUUGAGUAUUGUAAAGAUUUGGUGGAGCUGCCUACUGGAUUCUGCAAGAUGGUCACCAUGAAGAACCUCACCAUAAGUAGUUGCCACGACUUUGUCAGGCUACAUGAAGAGAUUGGGAAGCUUGAGAAUUUGGAAUUACUGAGGAUUAAUUACUGUGCUAAUUUUGAAGAAAUGCCAGAGUCAAUCUCAGAGCUCCAGAGCCUAACCAGUCUGGACAUCUCAUACUGCCCAAGCCUUAGAAAAUUACCAGUCAAUAUUGGUAAGAUGCAGAAUCUGGCAAAGCUUUACAUGGCGGGUUGCCCAAUACGAGAAUUGCCAGACUCAAUGAUGGAUUUUAACAAGUUAGAAAGGGUGAUAUGCGAUGAGUAUGCAUCUCCCUUGUGGGAAGUUAUCAUAUCUCGCUUUUCCAGUAGACCAAACAUAAAUGUGGCCGACAUGGAUGUUAGCUUAAAUUGGCUUUGCUGAAUUUCGCUUCCAAACUUUCUUCAUUUGAACUGGCAAACCUUGAUCUCAGGUUGUUUCGGGUGUCUGUUUCCCUUCUUAGUUGUCGUUUGAAUAAGCGGCCUAUUGUCAGUGCCAUUCACUUCACAAUAUUCACUUUGGGAUUAUCUUAA